ACAAGAAUUUUUACAAGAUUCAAUCAAGAUCUUAUUUAAAAAAUUAAAUUUUUUCUACUCGAAUUAAUAUAUUAUUAGUCGAAUUCUUUCCCUUUCUUCUUUAUCAAGUACUUGAUACUAAUUUCCUCGUUAACCACAUGAUAACACAACUCAACGAAUUUCUCUGCGGCCAGAACCGCCUCCACGUCCUUAACUCACUCCAUAAAAACAAGCCUCCCGUUUCUCACUUCCCGCGAGUGGCAUCCGAAGGAAAAAAAAUCUGAACCAAAAUGCGACUCCUCUGCUCUCACGCCGAGAAAAAAACCUCUCACCUUUCCCUCUUCUUCAAGGUUGCUUCUGUUCGGUGCUUCGUUACCACUUGCAGGGCGGUGCUGCUGCCGCGUUUCGGCGGCCCAGACCUGCUGGACCUCCGCCCUGAUGUUUCUGUCCCCGUACUCAAUCCCAAUGAGGUCCUCGUUCGUGCCCGUGCUGUCUCCAUCAAUCCCCUCGAUACGAGAAUGCGAUCAGGCUAUGGUCGUUCCAUAUUUGAACCACUUCUGCCUCUCAUUUUGGGUCGAGACAUUAGUGGUGAGGUUGCUGCUAUUGGAACUUCAGUGAGGUCACUGACUGUUGGGCAGGAAGUUUUUGGUGCUCUGCAUCCAACAGCUGUGAGGGGUACAUAUACUGACUAUGCAAUUCUUUCAGAAGACGAACUUUCUCCAAAACCAGCAUCAAUCACCCAUGUGGAAGCAAGUGCAAUACCUUUUGCUGCAUUGACUGCAUGGAGGGCUCUAAAAAGCACUGCUAGGAUAACUGAAGGGCAGAGGUUGUUGGUGGUAGGUGGUGGAGGAGCAGUAGGUUUUGCUGCAAUUCAGCUUGCAGUAGCUGCUGGGUGCCAUGUUACAACUACGUGUGGAAGUCGAAGUAUAGAAAGAAUACUGGCAGCAGGUGCUGAGCAGGCCAUUGACUACACUGCUGAGGAUGUUGAAUUGGCAAUUAAGGGAAAGUUUGAUGCUGUUCUGGAUACAAUUGGUGUACAAGAGACAGAAAGAAUAGGCAUCAAUUUUUUGAAGCAAGGUGGACACUAUAUGACACUUCAGGGUGAGACAGCAUCAUAUAGUGACAGGUAUGGAAUGGCAAUCGGACUUCCUGCUGCUACAGCUGUUUUACUAAAGAAACAGAUUCAAUAUCGAUCUUCACAUGGAAUAGAAUAUUCAUGGACGUAUAUGAGGGCCGACUCAGAAGGUUUAGAAGAGAUACGCAGAUUAUCAGAAGCUGGGAAACUGAAGAUACCUGUAGAAAAAACAUUUCCCAUCACACAAGUAAGAGAGGCACAUGACGCAAAAGACAAGAAGAAAAUCCUUGGUAAAGUAGUCUUGGAACUUGACUGAAAUAAAAUUCAUAGAGCUGAAACAUACUUUUUAUUUUGUAUGUUUCUUCAUUUUCUCUUCCUUUUUUGGGAUAAUCUUGUACAUUCAGGUUUUACGCGUAGACUUCCUGAUAUCAUGUUGGCAAUCUGUAUGUUUGAGGCUUUGAGCAUGUUAUUUUCCUCUGCAUUUUUUGUUAAAUUUUGACUCUUGGAAUGACUGCAGAAUUUGAAUUUAAGUUUGCUUCCAAUUCCAUUGCAAAUUCAAAUAUCAAAAUUGUUUGACCAUUCAUGAACAAAACUUAUGUAUUUAC